AUUCGAAUUUCCAAGAACACUGAGCACUAUUAAAACCCCACAGCCAAAUCCUACGCUCCGUCUCAGCUUUUUAACGGGAGGCAAAGUUGAAUCUUCAUUACUGCUGAGGGAUGUCUGGAGAGGAAGAGGAGAACGCUGCUGAGCUCAAAAUCCCUGACGAAUUUUUGAAGGCUAAGUGUCUAAUGAAUUGUGAAGUUGCGCUCAUUCUUGAACAUAAGUAUGAGCAGCUUCAGCAGAUGGCUGAUGACCCAAUGAAUCAAAUGUCUCAGGUGUUUGAGAAAUCUCUCCAAUAUGUGAAGCGCUUCAGCCGAUAUAAGAAUCCUGAUGCUGUCAGACAAGUUCGGGAAAUUCUGAGUAGAUAUCAGCUUGCUGAAUUCGAGCUGUGCGUACUUGGGAACCUUUGUCCGGAAACAGUGGAGGAAGCUAUAGCCAUGGUUCCGUCUAUCAAGACAAGAGGACGAGCACAUGAUGACGAGGCUAUUGAGAAAAUGUUGAAUGACCUCUCCUUGAUCAAGAAAUUUGAGUAGUGUCAUUUCCCUUGCAUGUAAUAAAAUAUAGUUGUGGCGGUAAUAGCAGCCGAUGGAUAAACUUCAUGAUAGGGCAACGUUGAUUCUGGUUCAUUUGUGUAGAAUUUAGUUUAACUUAAGAUAUUGUGAUGUGCCUUACGACCGUUUUGCUGUCUUAGGUAUUUAAUAUAUAUUUUAGCGUUUGCAAAUUCAA